AUGAGUAAUAGUUUGAUAAAAGCAAAUACUUCAAUGGCCCUUGGUCAAUACAACAGUGCUAUAAGGUAUUUCAAAGCAUAUAUGGACGAAUCGCCUCAUAUUCCAUUAAGCAAAGAAGUAUUUAACCUGUUAUCUGAAGCGUACAGUAAUUUAUCAAGUGAUAAGCGUAAUUGCAUACGUGAACUAGAAGCAUACUUGGAAUCACUCCAAGACAGCGAUCUGGAACGCAUCGAAGCAAUCGCCUCGUUGUUGGAUGAAACCAGGAACGAUUUAAUUUCCAUCUGUACAGAAGUCGUCAACAUUAUAGACAACCAUUUACUCGAAAAAGUGAAAGAAAUUGGAGUAAAAGUGUUGAUUUAUAAUAUGAAAGGCAAUUACUAUCGGUACAUGUGGGAAGCAAAUAAUAGCGACGCAACUUGCAAAGAAGCGACUAAAGCAUAUAAUGAAGCUCUAAGUAUAUGUCGAUGGAAUUUCAAACCAACAGACCCUUACUUGUUACAAAUUACGUUAAACUUGACGACACACCUGAACAAGACUAAUAAUACCGAUAGCGCUAUAGUUAUUUUAAAAAGAGUUAUUCAAGACACGCAAGAGGAUGAUCUUCAAAAUUAUGACUUCUUAAAGAAGUCAUAUGUUGAGUUAUUUUUGAAAUACUUAAAUGAAUGUUUAGUUCGAUUUCAGAUUAUUCAGAAUCAAAAAAUAAUUGAACUCAUCGAGAAUUAUCUUCCUCAAGAGUCAUUGGUUGACGAUGUAAUCACAAGACGACAAGGCUGA